GUGCGAGAAGUAUCAAGCAUUGAGAAACAGUGAUUAAAACCAGUAAAUGAUACAGCGAAAUGGGAAAUCCGCAUUCAGCCAUCGGUUACUACAAGACAAGGACUAUGAUUUCUAAAUGUCUUUACUUUACGAAAUCAGCUCAUCCUUGAGGCAUCAGGAGUACAAGUUGGAAUGCCCGCUUACUGAAUGGCCUCGACCUUCCGCAAUGGCAUGAUCCGGGGUACUUUAAUGCAGCUUAACGGGCCGAAUAAGCCCAAUAUCCUGAUCAGCUGGGCCUAUACAUUAGAGUAAAGGAUAUAGAUGGCGAGAAAGCAGGUUGGGACAAAUAAGCGGAAUUUGAAAUGAUCGGCAUCAUGCGAGGCUGAGACGAAUAGCCUAUAGCCUGGAGAAAGUACUCCGAGUAUAUAUCUACACUAACUAUCCUUAUUGAUAGUGUUGUUAUGCUUGUUCUCAUCUCCUCGUUUGCAAUUCUCAACAAGAUGCAUUAUUCUACUCUUCUUCCCUUGAUUCUCGCUGGCUCAGUCUCAGCAUGGCUUCCCCAUGAGCGUGACCUAGCUGCGUUUAACCAGACUGCUCGUCACGAACAACUUGGGAAGCGAUUCAAGCCGAGUUUGCCCAGUGGUGUAACAAAGAUCCGUGGUGUCAACUUUGGCGGCUGGCUUGUCUGUGAGCCCUGGAUGCAGCGAGAUGAAUGGGCAAACGUCCUCAAGUGUGGCGACUCUGUAUCCGAGUUCGACUGCAUGCGCGAUCAUUACCUAGGAUCCAACCGUGAGACUGGCAACAACCGAUUUGAAGAGCACUGGAAGAAUUGGAUCAACCCCGCAACCGUACAGUCUGUCCAUGACGUAGGACUCAACACCAUCAGAAUUCCAAUUGGAUACUGGUCUUAUACCGAUAUUGUCGACAAAGCCAGUGAGCCCUUCGCUGACGGUAACCGCAUGCUUCCUUACCUCGAUGCUGUUGUCCAAAAGGCUGCUGAUCUUGGUAUCUACGUCAUCAUUGAUCUUCAUGGCGCUCCUGGUGGUCAGCAGGAAGAUGUUUUCACUGGUCAGAACAACAAACCUGCUGGUUUCUUCAAUGACUAUAACUUUGGUCGUGCGCAGAAGUGGCUUGCUUGGAUGACGAACCGUAUUCACACAAAUUCUGCUUACUCUACCGUUGGUGUGAUCGAGGUUCUGAACGAGCCUGUUUCUCGCCAUGAUGCGAAUAACCGCUAUCCUGCACCCGGCGAGGACCCUGGCUUGAUUCAGAAGUACUACCCUGCCGCCCUCAAAGCCGUUCGCGAUACCGAGGCCUCUCUCAAAGUCCCUGACAACAAGAAGCUUCACGUUCAGUUCAUGUCCAGCAAAUGGGAUUCCGGAAACCCCCGCUCCGUAUCCUCCGUAGCUAAUGAUCCCUACACUGCUUUCGAUGACCACAAUUACAUUGGUUUUGCUCUCGGUAACGACAACGGCGAUCAAUAUAAGCUCAUGCACAGCGCUUGUACAGACUCACGUGUUGUAAACGGCCAGGACUUUACUUUCACUGGUGAAUGGAGCAUGACUUCCAAUGCCGAUUGGCAUGAUAAGAAUUUCUUUAACAAGUUCUUUACGGCUCAGCAGCAGCUUUAUGAGAAGCCUGGUAUGGCGGGGUGGAUUUACUGGACUUGGAAGACGGAGACGAAUGAUCCAAGAUGGACGUAUUCUUAUGCGACUUAUCUGAAUUACAUUCCUACCGAUGCUGCUGGUCUGGAGAAGAACGUUUAUCAGGACGUUUGCGCUGGAUACAGAUAAGAUGCAUACUGUCGAAUCCUCAAAUUCUGUCAGUAUUCUGUUCUUCAUCGGGCUAAUCAGGGGGGGAUUCUUCCAUCCUGAAGUCAUUUUUAUCAAUAAAUCAUCAUUCUUCUACAAGAAACAUUGAAGUCUUCUUAAUAUUGAAAUCCAAUGUGUCCCUUCUACUGAAAGUCAUC